AUGCGCACGACUAUUCGGAGUAUAGUCAAGAAACCUAGAUCGGUUUAUAAUUAUAGGAAAGGAAAUUUUUCCGCCCUCAGAGAGUCUGUCAAGUCUCUCACAUCUGAUGUACAAAUAAAUGAAAUCGUUGACAUUAAUAAUGUUUGGUAUAAUUGGAAAUCAUCUUUGCAAUCCAUGAUCGAUCAAUAUAUCCCUAAAAUUCAAUUAAAGAGUAAGAGUUCUCCACCUUGGAUAUCAGGCGAAAUUAUUCACUUGGUAAGGAAAAAAGCUAGUGCAAGAAUCAAGGCUAAAUCUACGCAACUAUCGAUUCACUGGGAGAGAUUUAAAGAACUAAGAUCCCGUAUCAAAAAGCUCAUUUCUUGAAAGCGUAAAGAAUAUUAUACUUCGUUGGUUGAGUCUUUAUACUCGAACCCGAAAAGGUUUUGGACUAUCUUUAGCCAGAAAAGAAAGAAACACACCGUCCCAGAGAAAGUUUCUAUCGCUGAUGGAGCAGGUGGUAGUAAAUUCACCGAGGGUCCAAACCUAGUUGCUGAUACGUUUAAUCGGUUUUUCUUUUCGUCCUACUCAACUCCUGAAGUUGGUAAUCCACAGGUUCACUCCAACGACCAACAUUAUCACCCCUCCAGCCCAAUUCCAUCCCUGUCACAGAUAUCUCUGGAUUCUGUAGACGUUUUAGCAGCAAUAAAGACCAUAGACAGCAGUAAAGCUCAAGGGCCGGAUAAGAUUCCAGCAAAGAUUUUAGUGGAGUGUGCUGAACAAAUUUCUCCAUCUCUAACAGAUUUAUUUAAUUUAUCCUUGCAAUCGGGCACUCUGCCAACGGAAUGGAAACUAGCUAACAUCAUGCCUUUAUUAACGAAAGCCCCCGCUGAAAAAGUGGAAAAUUAUAGGGCUAUUUCCCUGCUUUCCCUGGUGUCGAAGUUGCUUGAAAGGUGUAUUCUCAACAAGAUCAUUGAUCACAUAGCCAGUAAUCUGUCCAACCUUCAAUUCGGCUUCCUCAAAGGUAGAUCAACAACGUCUCAACUACUCUCAGUUUAUCAUAAAAUUCAAGAAGCUAUGGAUGCCGGCAUACAAACUGACAUGGUAUUCCUAGAUUUUUCCAAAGCCUUCGACUCUGUGAACCAUCAUAAACUUAUAUUCAAGCUUAAACUAUUCGGUAUAACUGGUAAACUACAUGACUGGUUAAAGGACUAUCUCUCGAAUCGUUCCCAGUAG